GCGGGCGGGGGCGCGCAGCUCCGCUGGCGCCGUCACUGCGCAGCCUCCCGCGCGGCCCCGGUCAGCCUGCGCGCAGCGCUGGGUGCCUCGCGGUCCCGGCCCGCAGCCUCCCCGCGCCAUGGCGUUCAGCCGCUUCCACCUCGCGCAGUGCGUCUGCUACUUCCUGGCCUUCGUCUUCAGCUUCGUGGUGGUGGUGCCGCUGUUCGAGAACGGCCACGACUUCCGCGGCCGCUGCCUGCUCUUCACGGAGGGCAUGUGGCUGAGCGCCAACAUGACGGUGCAGGGGCGCGAGCGCUUCACGGUGCAGCAGUGGGGCCCGCCCGCCGCCUGCCGCUUCAGCCUGCUCAUCAGUCUCCUCUCGCUGGUGGUCGCCGCGGGCCACGCCUGGCGCACGCUCUUCUUCCUCUGCAAGGGCUACGAGGGCUCCUUCCUUUACUCCCUCCUGAACCUGCUGGUCAACGCCUUCGUGGUCUUCCUCGUCUUCAUCUCCAGCACCAUCGUGAGCGUGGGCUUCACCCUGUGGUGUGAUGCUGUCACGGAGAGGGGCACCGUGCCCCGCAGCUGUGAGGACCUCCAGGGCAUCGACUUGGAGCUGGAUGUUGACAACUCUGCCUUCUACGACCAGUUUGCCAUUGCCCAGCUGGGCCUCUGGGGCGCCUGGCUGGCCUGGCUGAUCCUCACCGUCAUGGCCUUCGUGAGGGUCUACCGCAGCUGCCGGGAGGAGGCCCUGCUGGACAGCCUGGCCCACGAGAAGGAGCUGCUGCUGGCCCGGUCCGACCGCGCCCUCUUCCAGGAGGAGAAGAGCGCCGUCAUCUAGGCGUCCCCGCCGCCCGGGGCACACGCCCUGUCCCCGGGCCACGGCGGGGCGUCGGCCUGGGCCCCCAUCCCACCUUCACUGCCUUGCAUGUCUCCCCCCGCAUCAUGAGUAGCUGCUCCCCCAAACACCUCAAUUCCCACUGUGACCGCGGUGGCUGACCGGGUGGGGCUGCUUGGGGGGACCUGGGUGGCAAGGCUGCUAGAGGGUGGCCGGCCUCUCUGCCCCCUCUGGCCACCAGGUCCAGGCUCUGCCCGUGUGUCUGUAGGUUGAAGCAUCAGAAGUGCAGGAUGGCUGUGCGGGCCUGUGUGGGUGUCCUGGGGAGCAGCUGUCGUGCCUGGUGUGGGGGCCGGGGCGGCCCAGCCUGGCGCUUGUCUCCUUGUGUGGGGGCUGGGCCGGUGCCCUGCAGGUGUCUGAGUGUGCACGUGAGGGUGUGAGUGUGCACGUGUGAGAGUGCAAGCACAUGAGAGCAUGCCCAUACACAGCUGUAUGUGUGCAUAUGAAUGAGUGUGCGCAAGUGUGGGUGAGCACGCAAAAUGUGCAAGCCUGUGGAGGCAACUGCACGCACACAAGUGUACGUGUGCAGACAUGUGAGUGUGUGUGUGCACAAGGAGUGGCGGGCCAAGG